CCACUAUAUAAACCAGGGCUUGGUCUCAUUCUUCGAGCGACGCAAUCGUCAAAACUAGGGCAUCUUCUCUCGUUCUUUCUUCUUCUCUCUUUCUCUGAUUUCUAUUAGGCGCUAGGGUUUCGAAAACCGGAAUCUCGAUUACGAUAUAUUACGAAUCUGAUUAUAAAGCCUUUGUUAGUUUUCUUCGAUUAGUAAGAAAAUUUUGUAGUAAAUUUGAAUCUGAAGCGUGUUUGAUUAUGAGAAUGAAUAUGAAGCGAUCGAGGAAAUCAAUUUCUUGGGCUCCUGGAGUUAAACUUUGUCAGGUAAAGCUGUUCUCUUCUUUGGAUUGUCCUGUGGAAGUUGGCAUGAAAUAUCAAGGUCAUUUUCAACCGAAGACAUCAAGUAUGUUGCAUUCCAGUUCUUUUGAACCCAAUGAUAGCCCGCCUGGGUUUGAAGUAGGUAUCUCUGUGAAGCAAUCUAAGCUGCAACAUUUCCCCAUCCCUCAGAUCAGGUGGCAAUGCCCUUCCAAGCUUAUUAUGUGUGACGGCUGGCGUGUAGCAGCUGGUGAGGAAAGUGAAGAAGCCAAGGCUCAAAAACUAAGAGAGAUGAGAGUGCUUGAGGCAGUAUAUCCUCGUUUUUCUGCAAUUCCACCUAGCCCCUCUGUUUCUUUGGACGUAGAAAGUGAGCAUUAUGAUCAUAGCCUCACUCCUUGUGUUCCCAUCAAUCCAAUUGAAGAAGAGUCCCAAGAAGAUCAAGAAGAUCUAACACCAGUAAACACCACUGUAGUCUCUCAGCUACCAGGUUUUCCCCAAGGUCUGUUGGCAUCUGGAACGGCAAAUGUUUCUCAGUCCAACCCUCCUGGUUUGGAGCAAGUACAUGCACCAGGAAAGUUACCUAAUCAAAGUGCUGAUUUUACGGCCAUUGCUUCAGCUGCAUUAACUGCAAUGAAGAAUAGCAGCGAGAAGGAAAGUAGGAUCGAUACUGAUUUGCUUAUUAAGAUUCUUAACGAUCCGAAAAUGCUCCAGAAAUUGAUUAAUGUACAUGGACCACAAGCCAAUACAGGAAUUGCAUCAGUGAAUACACAUACUGCACCAAGUUCAAAGACGGUAACUCCCUAUGUUCCCUCAUCCCUUUCAAACUCUGAUAUGCAAAGGACUCCAGAUGGUAACUUCCACAUGCCAGGUAAAGUGGGUACUACUUUGAAUGCAAUCCCUCUUCAACCAGAUACUGUUCAAUUAUCUGGGUUAAAGCGACCUGCACCAUCACCACCAUUACCUUCCUCGUCCAGCCCUCAAGCUGACCAUGUUCUACUACCCAGACUGCCAAAUCAGGCACAACCCCCAUUAAGUGCAUCGCCUGAACAGAACAUGGUUCCCGUAGGAUCUUUCCCAGCCCAGGAACCCGGAAUUGUCAAGGACAUGAACUACUAUAAGAACCUCAUUAGGCAACAUGGAACAGAAAAUAAAGAAAUGCAGGACCCCAUUUUGCUCAAAAAUGGUAACAAUCAUAAUCACUUGGUGGACUUGAAAAUGUCUGUAAACUCUAAUCCAGCAGAAAUGAGGGCCAAGAAAUCGAAACAUUGCAUGUUUUUCAAAACUGCCAAGGGAUGUCGUAAGGGUGCUAAUUGUGAAUACCUCCAUGACAUGUCGUUAAAUUGGCGAACUGGAAUGGAGGCCCAAAGUGCCAAGAGAAUGAAACUAAAUGGGGUUAAUAAGGGGAGGAGUAUGUUUUAGGUAAUACUUGUUACUGGUAACAUCUGUCACUUUUUUUCCAAUUUUGUAAAAAGUUUGGGAAAGGGUAGACUUUCAGACCCAGGCCAAGUAUUAUUUUUUUUAGUUUCUUUUGCAAAGGUUAUUGAGAAUUUCAUGAAAUGUUUUUUGAUUAUGUUGUUUAUUAUA